AGUAGGACGAAAAAAAUCAUCAGGUAGUAAAAGACAAAGGACGCGGAAUGUGCAUGAGUUAAGAGAACUGACAACCUGACUACUAGGACACUAAAGAAUUGCUCAAGAGACAAGAUGAAGGUUUUUCUCUCUACGCUGCUGGCUGCUUUUGUCUAUGCUGAGCUCGCCCAAGCUUUGCAGUGUUAUUCUUGCAAUGAGCCUGUCAGCGCGGACAAAUGCCUAACGGUGGCCAACUGUUCAAAGAAUGACACCAUGUGCAAGACAACAAUGUACUCCCGUGAAGAAGUGUAUCCUUUCAUCGGCGAUUCCACUGUCACCCGAUCUUGUUCUCCAAUAUGCAUCCCGUCCGAUGUGUACGGGAUCGGUUUGACACGCCCGGUUACAUGUUGCACCAGCGACCUCUGCAACCAUGAUGGUGCAGCCAGUGUACAAAUCAGCUACAUCACGGUGGGAACUUCAGCUGCUUCCGUUUUCAUCCUUCUCCGGACUGGACUGUGAUGGAGAGGGAAAAAACAGCUCCUCUGAAGGUACCUGGCUGAUGAAGACUCCAGCAGGCUGGUGGUCCCCAACCCCUCCUAGAAAGACAUGUAGAAUGUGUGUUCCUUCCAGCCAUUGCAGGCUCCUGUACUCAUCACCAGGGGAAGAAACUGGAAACGCUUGUUCAGAAAAUUAUCUACUCCUAGUUGCAAAGCAAAUCAGAAAUCGGAUCCUUGCUGGUAUGAACAAUCAGUUGGAUUUCUACGCUUUUGCUUCAUCUGCAUUCAGCUCAUUUUCUCAGAUUCUGUGGCUCUGCCAUAAACGUUAGCAUUAAGUAUAUUUUAAAACUUAAUCGUAAGGAUACUGUGAGUUAAAUCUAACAUGACCACAGAUAGAUAUAAAAUUCUCGACCCGAGCUUGAGUGGCUGGGAGGGUACAUUUUGCCAGGACCCAGAGGUCCAGGGAGGCUGGCUGAGGCUGCAACCCCAAUUGUCAUGAUUAUUCUGGAAGAUAUUUAUGGAAACUUGUUUCACUGUAUCUGUGGAUUCUACCUAUAGAAGGGUGUCACAUCUUGUGAGAUUUGCUGGAGUCAAUGAGAAAGUGUGGUGGAGAAGAACAGAUAAUAUUCUGAAGAGUGGUGGCUGGCCCUUCCAUAGAACAGAGUGAUAGUGCUUGUGCAGUUAUGAAGAGGACUUGCAGUUUUGGAGACAGGGCAAAGGAAACUGAAGCUGAAGGAAAUGUUUGUCGAAAGCUGCUGGCAUUCUACUAUGGGACAAGAACAACUAAACCAUCCAGCGAUUUUGUAUAUGAUAUGAGAAGUUGAAAGAAAAAAAGAAGAUUUUUGGGAGACAGAAUCAUAGGAUUGGAAGGUACCUCCAAGGUCAUCUAGUUCAACCCCAUGCACAAUGCAGGAAAUUCAUAAAUAUCUCCCCCUCCCAACACGCACACACACAGUGACUCCUGCUCCAUGUCCAGAAGAUGGCAAAACACCGUCAGGAUCCCUAGGCAAACUGGCCUGGGGAAAAUUGCUUACUGACCCCAAAGUGGCAAUCGGCAUUAACCUUGGCAUGUAAGAAGGGACCAUGGGAACUAAGCACUGAUGUAACCCUUCCCGCUCUUCCUCACAUGAUCUGCCUAGGUUCACAGGAUUCUGCAUUUUAAAUGGACAGAAAAAUAAACCUUUAAUGUAAAUUGGUCUGUUUAUAAAACAGUUGCAAUCGUAUUGGUCCAUUAGAAUUAAAGGGAAAAAUAUCAAAACAAAAGCAAUAACUGAGUAAUACCUUAAGACUAACCAAAAUGUUACAAACAGACUGCAAAAAAGAAAAGUGAGGUGUUGGGGAAUAGUAGAAAAGCCCCAUUGUGGG